AUGGCUGAUGCCAAUUCUCCAACAACAUCUCCACCGUCUGAUUCAUCACAAUCCCCGCCACCUCCGUCACCAGACGCGUCUAAUAAUUCAUCACCACCACCACCAGCCGCUGAUAAUUCAUCUCCACCGCCAUCAUCACCUCCUCCGUCAUCUCCACCGCCGUCUUCACCUCCUCCCUCAUCUCCGUCUCCACCUCCACCUUCUGGCUCUUCCCCGUCUCCACCAUCACCACAAGGCGACACACCAUCGCCUCCACACCGGCAUGAUUUUUCUCCUCCUCCGCCACCACAUCAUCGUUUGUCACCACCGAAAUCGUCUCACUCGGAUAAAAACCAUAAUUCAAAUGAAAAGAAUGAAAACCAAUUCAGCACCGGGGCUAUAAUAGGAAUUGCAAGUGGAGCUGGUUUAUUGCUAGUUGUCCUUUCAAUAUUCCUUAUUGUAUGUUCAAGAAGAAAGAAGAGAUCGCCACAACCUCACCUUCAAUUCUACACCAAUCAAUCACGCGGUCCUAAUCAAUAUGACUACAAUAACCGUGGUCCUAAUCAAUAUGAGUUCAAUAACCGUGAUCAUGUACUUAAUAUUCCUCCACCACCUGGCGCUGGUGGUGGAGGUGGUGGAGGCUGGGGUCCACCACCACCUUCUCUAGGUGGUGGUGGUGGUGGUGGUGGAGGUUGGGGUCUACCACCCCAGCCACUAAGCAGUGACAUGAGUACCUCGAGUUACUCCGGGUCACAAGGUCCUGUAUUGCCACCACCACAUCCAACGGUUGCGCUUGGGUUCAACCAGAGUUCAUUCACUUACGAUGAGUUAUCGGUUGCUACUGGCGCAUUCGCCCAACGAAACCUGUUGGGUCAAGGCGGAUUUGGAUAUGUACAUAAAGGUGUUCUUCCUAAUGGUAAAGAAAUAGCAGUGAAAAGCCUUAAAUCAACCAGUGGACAAGGUGAUAGAGAAUUCCAAGCCGAAGUCGACACUAUCAGCCGCGUUCACCAUCGCUAUCUUGUUUCGCUUGUUGGAUAUUGCAUUUCGGAUAGUAAAAAGCUUCUUGUUUAUGAAUUUGUUCCUAACAAGACCCUUGAAUAUCACCUUCAUGGAAAGGGUCUACCUGUGAUGGAUUGGGGCACAAGGCUUAAAAUCGCGCUUGGAUCGGCCAAAGGACUUGCUUAUUUACAUGAGGAUUGUCACCCUCGUAUCAUUCACCGAGACAUAAAGGGUGCAAACAUUUUACUCGAAAACAACUUUGAUGCAAAAGUGGCAGAUUUUGGAUUGGCAAAGUUUAAUCAAGACGCUAACACUCAUGUUUCUACUCGCGUCAUGGGAACAUUUGGGUACAUGGCUCCCGAGUAUGCAUCGAGCGGUAAGCUAACUGAUAAAUCUGAUGUCUUCUCGUACGGUGUUAUGCUUUUGGAGCUCAUAACUGGACGAAGACCGGUUGGAACCACCGGUGAUUAUGAAGAAGAUAGUUUGGUUGAUUGGGCUAGACCAGUUUGUACAAAAGCAUUGGAAAGCGGAAUACUUACUGGAUUAGUCGAUAUACGAUUAGAGGACAAUUAUGACAAAAACGAGGUAACACGAAUGAUAGCUUGUGCUUCUGCUAGUGUUAGGCAUUCGGCAAAAAGGCGUCCAAAAAUGAGUCAGAUUGUAAGAGUACUAGAGGGAGAUUCUUCGCUCGAAGCGCUUCAUCAGGACGGAAUUAAAGCUGGACAUAGUACUGUGUACAGCAGUGCAAGUGGAAAUUAUGAUGCAGCAGCAUACAGUGCUGAUAUGAAAAGGUUCAAGAAACUAGCCUUGGAAAGCGGCGUAGCAAGCAGCGAGUACGGUGGAACGAGUGAGUAUGGUCUCAAUCUUUCCGUCUCAAGCAGUGAACAAUCUUCUUCCGAAUAUAGCAAGAGGACUGCAACUGGAUCCGGAACCUGA